AUUGAUCUCUAGAUCAUCAUGUUCAGACCUCUCUGCCGUAGCUUCAUUUCUACUUGUCAACAUAGAUCUUUUACUACAUCAAUAUUAAGCAAUAAAAAGAAGCAGUCUCUGCCAGUAGCAACAACAACAGCAGCUAUUCUGGCCACAGUAUGUCUUGGAUACUACGGCUGGCAGUACUUUGAGAAUAAGGGUCCAAAAGCAUUGAACCCUGAUAGAUAUAUACCAUUCGACCUUGUACAAAAACAAAAGAUAUCACCCGACUCUUAUCGUCUGCGUGUAUCAAUCAAGCAGGAGAAGAAUAAACCAUACCCAAUUCCUUCCUGCCUUUAUAUAAAAGAUGAUACUAUUCAAGUCAUGCGUCCCUACACCCCCAUUAACGCAAAUCCUUAUAAGGAUGGAUAUAUAGAUUUUAUUGUCAAGAGAUAUGAAAAUGGAUCUGUUUCACGUACGAUCUCUGGCUUCGAACCACAGGCUGAUCAAAUUCAUAUUAGAGGACCUAUGGCAGAAGAGUAUGAAUAUAGAGAAAACUCGCUAGACGAGAUUGGCAUGAUUGCUGGAGGUACUGGUAUAUCUCCCAUGUAUCAAAUAAUAUGUCAUAUUCUAGAAAAUCCUAACGAUAAGAGUACGCGUAUCUGGCUCAUAUACGGAAAUAAGACUAUGAACGAUAUAUUGUUGAAAUCAGAAUUAGAUGAAUUACAAAAAAAAUAUAGUGAUAGACUGAAUAUCAAGUAUGUGCUUGAGCAUCCGCCCGAUGACAACUGGAAGGAUGUUGGAUAUGUUACAAAGGAAAUGAUCAAGAGCAUGAUGUCCCAGGAUGAAAACGUACGUCGAAAAGUGUUUGUAUGUGGCCCUGAUCCUAUGCUUAGAUGGAUCUCUGGGGAAAGAGCAAUGGAUUAUUCACAAGGUCAACUCUCUGGGUUAUUAUCGCAGCUGGGCUUGUCGUCAAAAGAGGUUUGGAAGUUUCAAUAAACAUAUUCUGGAUAAUACAUAGCUUGAGUCCUAUAUAAGCAGUGCUCUUUGUUGAUCCUGC